CACUGAUCUCUAACCCUCCUUUUUUCCUCUAAAAUUUCUUAAUGGAUGAAGAUCAAAGAGAACUUCAAUUCUUCCACCCCUCCGGCGCCGUCGCCGCCUAUCACCGCCGGCCAACAAACAAUUCCUCCUCUUCAAAUUCUCCAAAAAUCCCACCUUGGCAACACUCAGACCCACCUCCAAUAAAAUUCCGAUCCCAACCCAAUUCCCAAUCCGAUCCAUUCGACGUGGGUCCUUCCUUAGACCUCCAACUUUCAAUCAGUGUCCGACCCAAAAGACCCCCCCGACCCGUUUCCGGCGGACCCAACCGGGUUGAUCAGUUUUCAGUGGAGGCGCUGAGGUGGCAGACGGCGGAGCAGAUAAGGUUGGCGGCGGCGGAGAAAGCUUAUGCGGAGAGAGUGAGAGAGCUGACUAGGAGAGAGAUGGAGAUGGCUCAGUCUGAGUUUGCUCGAGCCAAACGAGUUUGGGAACGAGCUAGGGAGGAAGUUGAGAGAGCCGAGUUGAUGAAGGAGAGAGCCACUCGACGAGUUGACUCGGCUUGCAUGGAGAUCACGUGCCAUUCAUGUAGGCAGAAAUUCCGACCAAUUAAUUAAUUGUUAACUUCUCCUAAUCUUUCAUUUUUAUUAGUCAUAAUAAUAAUAAUA